UUUAGUUAAUAUCGUUUAGUUUCAGGCCCCGUGCAGACGUCCGUCGCCGAUACUCGUACGCGAUGUGGCGACACUCUCCCGGUCUUGUGAUAAGAGCACGUGAAAUAAAAAAUAGUAAUAAAUAAUAAUCCCAGCGGCGGCUUGUGGCUACCUAUCACUUAUCAGUGUUGAGAAGUUACUGCCUAAUUAGUAAUUAGUAGGUAGUUACUAAAAUAUAGUUAUUGCAUAGUACUUAUUAGCUAAUAGUUACUAAUUACUAUCAAAGUAUCAUAAUCGAGUCCAGGACAGAAUAAAUAUUGAUCGUAAUUCACCCGAAAUUCGUUAACUCGAUCCCACCCAGUCCAUUCUUAAGGCGCACAGUGAAUAACAACAAUUAAUUAAAUUAAUUAUAUUUUGUUCUGGUCGACGAUACGUUUUGCUUGUGCCGCAUAGUUCAUUGAAUCACAAUAAUUGUUUCUAUGUGUAUUGCUCAAUUUUUCGUCGGAGUACUUGAGUAUUUUUUACCACUGUCAUCGACGAGUUUUGUAUUGAUUUGUUUCGAACACCUUAAGCGGCUAACGAAAACGCAAACAUGAACAGGCCGAGAAGUCAAGCUGAUCACGAACUGAAAGCCAGAGCCCGUAUAUAUGUGGCAAAUAUACCGGCGGCUGGUAUGACUCGCAAGGAAGUAGUGUCUGUAUUCCACAAAUAUGGUGAAAUUGAUAAUGUUUCACUACAGACCAGACAUGUUUUUGUUCAGUUUGUGGAGGAGUCUUCUGCACUCAAAGCCUUGGCUCAAAAUCCUCCAGAUUAUAUUAUGAGCAAGAAGCUUGAUGUGAAACCAGUGAGACCUUUCUUCUAUAGAAAUGGAGAAUUAGUAAAAAAUGAAAGAGCAGCAAAUUUUGAUGCCGAAAAAAGAAAUGAAAACCGAAAUCAACCAAGAGAUUUUGAUGAUUUUAAACCAGCUAGACUCAAUCCUAAUGUGAUGAAUCCAAAUGCUCCUAAUGAUUGUGAAAUUGUUGUCACCAAUAAUUCUUUAACAGAAUAUGCAGAGUUCUUAGAAGUGAACUUAAAAAAAAUGAAUAUAAAAGUUGAUUUAUUAUUUCCUAAUCCUGAUAUACCAAUGAAUCGUGUUCUUGGGACCUUAGCUCAAAGAGGGACGUUGUAUGUUUUAGUUGUACGUGAUGAAAAUAAAUUGUAUAGAAGUGUUACUGUUGAUAUACUUCAUGGUAUACCUGAAGAACAUAGAAACAUGCCAUAUAAAGAUGCAUUGGCAUUUAUUGUUCAUAGUUUUGAUGCAUAUGUUAGAGGAGAAAAAAUGACUCCUAUACCUGGACUUUCGGGCAUUCCUAUAUCUGAAUGUGGCUUGCCUUUAGGUGAUAAACAUCCUGAAGGAAUUAGUACAUUGUUGAAUUUAUUACAGGAUCAAAGAGAUAUAACAGUACUACAGUAUGAUAUGAUACUACAAUAUCUAAAAGAGAAAAAAGAUGAACAUAUCAAAGAGGAAGUUGGAGUUUUGCCAACUUUUAAACCAACUAUAGCUGAUAUACCAAUUCUCCCGGCAGCAACUGCUAUUCAAAAUCCGCAAGCUGCUCAAUUACAAAAUCGUAUUUUGAACAUUUUGAAUACAUCCCUUUCUUCUACUGCCCAAUCUCAACAAUCCAUUGAAUCUAAUCAAACUGAAAAAGAGCCAUCAAGUAUUCUUCAAGAACCUAAUGUACAAAAAGCAUUAGAAAGUUUAUUUCAGGGUGGAUCGUUACUUAGAAAAUAAAGAUUAAUGCACAUGUAAAAAGAGCCCUUGUAAAUAAAUAAUUUUUUAUUUUA